AUGACUUACGGCCUCCCACCCUCCUCUCCUGACCCACCGCGCUUGCUUAAAGCGACGACUCACAGUCUCCAUCUCACCUGGGAACUUCAGCCUACCAGUCACGGAUCCACUCUAUCCACUUCCAAACCAAUUCUACGCUACCAGCUAGAAAUGCAGGAGGGUGAAGCGCGUCAACACUUCAAGAAGAUAUUUGACGAUGAUGCUACGCAGUAUUUGGUGGAGGGUUUGCGGCGCUGCUGCCUCUAUCGCUUUCGACUGGCUGCUAGCAACGUGGAUGGUAUUAGUCACUGGAGCGAUAUCGUGGCCUUCCGUACCGCCCCUGAUCUACCCACUGCUCCCAAAGGUCUACGUGUGAGUUUUCCCUAUUCUUUACUGAAUGAGGACUGA